CCGCCCGCCAUGGUGUCGUGGAUCAUCUCCAGGCUGGUGGUGCUUAUAUUUGGCACCCUCUAUCCCGCAUAUUAUUCCUACAAGGCUGUGAAGUCCAAGGACAUUAAAGAAUAUGUCAAAUGGAUGAUGUACUGGAUUAUAUUUGCCCUCUUCACCACAGCAGAGACGUUCACAGACAUCUUCCUUUGCUGGUUUCCAUUCUAUUAUGAACUAAAAAUAGCAUUUGUGGCCUGGCUGCUGUCUCCCUAUACAAAAGGAUCCAGCCUCCUGUACAGGAAGUUUGUUCAUCCCACACUGUCUUCAAAAGAAAAGGAAAUCGAUGACUGCCUGGUCCAAGCAAAAGAUCGAAGUUAUGACGCCCUUGUGCACUUCGGGAAGCGGGGCUUGAACGUGGCGGCCACGGCAGCUGUGAUGGCUGCUUCCAAGGGACAGGGUGCCUUGUCGGAGAGACUACGGAGCUUCAGCAUGCAGGACCUCACCACUAUCAGGGGUGAUGGUGCCCCUGCUCCCUCAGGCCCCCCUCCACCAGGGACUGGGCGGUCCAGCGGCAAACAUGGCCAGCCCAAGAUGUCCAGGAGCGCUUCUGAGAGUGCCAGCAGCUCAGUGUGUACCUGCUGCUCCAGCUGCAGGACCCGGAAAGUGGUUGAGGGAGAUGUGAAUGAGGGUGGUGUGAAGUCAUGGGAGCCCCACCAGGUCCAAAGCCCACUGGCGUUUUCUGACGAGGAGGAGGAGGACCUGUUGGAGUUCAUGUACAAGUAUAAGGCACAGAGGAGGACGGAGUUGCCCCUGGAGGCACCGCCUAGAACCCUUCGAUCCCGCUUCAGGAAGAAAAGUACCUCAUCCCCGGCCACUGAAACCACGUGAGUGAGAUGAGCCAACAGCACCGGAUCCACAGAUGUCUCUCCUCUGCCUUAAAGAGCUAGUCACUAGUAACACGGAAGUCCGCAGGCUGGGUGUGCUUCGAGUGUGCAGCCUCACAGACAUGGCCUUUACUCGCUCCCCUCUUCUGCCUUUAAGAGUUUUCUGUUCUUUCCUUUCUGUUCCUGCUGGGGAGAGGCUAAAGGGGAAAGGUGGUGGUGGAGGGUGACCUUUCCAUCUUCUGGGUUAAUAAUGUCCCACAGUUGGAGUGUCAUUGUGGCCACAGUGUUUCUAGAUAUAUAAGCACUCUUACCCUGCUGCUGAGAUGGACAUUUGUAAUUUAUUUGUUGCAUAGUUUUUAGUCCUGUAAAUGCAAACGAAGUGAUCUUUUUUU